GGUGCAUUUAGCAUUUUGCUACUAACUAAAGACAUCUUAACUCUAAAUUUUUGCUAUUCAUUACAAUCAAUAGUCUGCAGUCUAGAAUAUGUGAGCAACAACAAAUAAGAAACUACAGACACAUAGUAUUUACGCGAGCUUUCUUUUACAAGCUUCAAACUACACAAGUUGACUUGUUUAGAACUUAUAAUUGACGACAGCGCAUCACAUUUGGGCAACAAAGUUGAUUAUAUGUUCGUGUUGUUGUUGCACUAACCGGCAAAUAGUGCAAUUCAGCGAAAAUUGCACGCGCAACUGUGCCGUUCACUAGCCCUCGCCCAAGUUGCGGUCAAUGCCUUCUGCAGUCAUAUGCUCAGAGUACUUAUAAACAGUUUUUAAUGGAAUAUAAUCUAAAAAAUAUAUGUACUUAUAUACUCUCCGAAAUUUAUUGCAAACAAUUAUUUAAGGUGUCUUUUAAAAGUUUCUAUAAGUAGACUGCAUUUUCGUAUAUAAAUCACCGACAUUUAAGUUAUAGGCACAUUUCAAACUGAUUUGCAAACGUGAUCAAUAUGAAUUCGCUGAAGAUUUUCUGUUUUAUAGCUUUAGUAUUAGCCACCACUAAUGCUUCACCCAAGCAUGGCCAAAACAAGGAUAACGCGUAUAGCCUAAAACCCACCGAUUGGUUGUCGACCACUGAAUUAGAAUCGAUGCCAUCAGUGGAGGAUAUCACCCUGCAACAGUUGGAGAACAUGUCAAUGGAAGAUGCUGAGCGAAAUAUUGAGAAGAUAUAUCAUUUGUCGCAAAUUAAUCAUGCUCUAGAACCGUCAUUUGUUCCAAGCCCCAGUAAUGUACCGGUUAUCUUGAUGAAACCCAAUGGACAGCCCGAGCGCACCAAUCUCAAUGAACUAGUCCAGACUGCCAAGCAACAACCCAACUUUGGCGAUGAGGAAGUCACCAUUUUCAUCACUGGUUUGCCACAGUCGAGCCCUUCUGUUGCAAAGGCGAACAAAAAGUUAAUCCAGGCUUACAUGCAACGCUAUAACGGACAGCGUCAACCAAUCAGCAAUAACCAGGACUAUGACUACGGCAACAAUAAGGACAAUCAAGGUGCCACUUCAAGUGAAGAGGACUAUAGUGAAUCGUGGAAAAACCCGAAACCCACAAACGGCAAUUUUGUCAUCAUCAGCUUGGGUUCCACACUCACCAACAUGAAGCGUUUGGCUCUUAUUGAUGUGGAACAAACCGGUAACAUGAUCGGUAAAGCUCUCGUCGAACUGACCAACGAAUGUGAUGUACCUCAAGAGAUCAUUCAUAUUGUUGGACAAGGUGUUGGUGCACAAGUUGCCGGUGCCGCUGGACGUCAAUACAAACGUUUGACAGGUCAUCAACUGCGUCGCAUCACCGCUUUGGACCCUGCCAAGAUGUUCGCUAACGAAAAGUAUUUACUAUCUGGCUUGGCCCGUGGUGAUGCUGAUUUCGUUGAUGCCAUCCAUACUUCGACUUGUGGAAUGGGUACACGCCAACGCGUGGGUGAUGUCGACUUCUACGUCAACGGUCCAGCCUCUACUGCUCCAGGCGCUACCAAUGUAAUUGAAGCAACCAUGCGUGCAACUCGUUACUUCGCCGAAUCUGUACGCCCAGGUAAUGAACGUAACUUCCCUGCUGUCGCCGCCAACUCUAUGGACCAAUACGAAAAUAACGAUGGCUCUGGCAAACGCGCUUACAUGGGUAUCGCUACCGAUUUCGAUUUGGAGGGUGAUUAUAUUCUGACGGUCAAUCCAAAGAGUCCUUUCGGCAAGAGCACUCCUGCGCAAAAGCAAAGCACUUAUCAUGCUCAACACCAGUCGUGGAAGAGAGCUAAAAACCAGAACCAUAACUAGUAGGCUAAUAAUUUAGCAACUGGGGUCUCCCAUCGAAGAUUAGAAUGACAAUUUACUUUUUAACUACUAAUUUUUGUACCUUUAUGAACUUUCAUUAAAAAUAAACUAAGCAAUUUGCAUGUAAAAAUAAGCUUGUAAAAGCAAAGUUCGUUAAUUUAAA